UCGCAAUUGUUGUGGUUUAAUUUUCUUUUUUCUUUAUUAAUUCUACUGUUUUUCAUUAAUAGAAUUUUCUGGUUAAUUGCUAAUUAUCUCUCCUUCCAAUUUAUCCAAAAUUUUUUAUUCUUCUUAUUGUUGUGGUUAAGUUUUUCUACUCAUCCAUUGAUUAGAAUCAAUUAAUUCUCAGUUAUUGGUUUUCUUUUCUUUCAUCUCCUGGUAAUUUGUUUCUCUGUGAAUUUAAUUAUCAUCAAUUUUAUCAAUUAUCAUCAUCUGAUUAACGACAAUUAGUGUAUACAGUUAAUUUCGUGGAAAUAGACAAAGUUGAUUAACAUUUAAUUUCAAUUUCUCUUGUGAUUUUGUUUCUCUGUGUUUUUUUUGUAAACAAUCAAAUCUUUACUCUUUGAUUGAGAAGUUUUUUGAUCGUUUUGGAGUUUAAUUGUCAUUUAAAUUAUUAACUAAAUCUUUAAUUAAUGUUAAUUAUCCAAAGAAAUUAAUGUUGAUUAAAUCACUUUGACAAUUUUCACUGUUUCUAUGUCAAUAUUUUUCCAAAGGUCUGUCGGCUUUGAUGAUUAGUGUUUCUUAUUUGAGAAUUGAAAUGUUAUUUGAUUGUUUGUUUGUCGAAAAGAUUAUCACUUAACUAAUUGUUCCUAAUUUAAUCUAAUUUUUUUAACAUUUUUCCAUUAAUUGUGAUAACAUUUAAUUUCCUCUCUUUGUCUUCCUUUUCUCUGUGCUCCCUCUGGUUUUUGUCUUCUCAACAUAAACAUCAUCUCUUGUUUACUUCAUUUCUGUCUUUAAGGAUUCUCAUAGUGAAACAUUUUUGUUUAUGUCAUGUUGAGUUAAUUGUAUUCUCAUUUACUGAGCUUUUCGUUUUCUUCAUUAAAAACACCAACAUGAAUAAUGAUCAAGAAUCUAAGUUACCAGGAAAUCCAAAUAGCUUCCAUGGCGGUGGUGAUCCAACGGCUUCCAAUGAAUAUUAUGAGGAUGUAGAAGAUGUUGGUUCAGGUGUUGAAGAUGAUGCACCUGAGAGCUUUCAAGCUCUGAAUAGAUCUGAGCCUCCAUGGGUUACAUUUCCAGAUUUACUGAGAGUUCCAACCAGUUCAGCCAAUAAUAAUUCAGCAACUGAAGACGAUUCUCCGGAAAGUUUAUCAUUUGCAGCCGCUCAAUCAUUCAGAUCAAAUGAUUUAACCAACCAAUCAAAUUCAUCUGGUUAUAGAUCAGUUACUGCCAAUCCAUUGAAUUUGACAUCAUCUAAUAAUAAUCAUGUUCCAUUUGUUGGAGGAAUAUUGAAAAAUCGUCUCUCCCAUCCUGAUGUAUCCCAUGUUGGUCAAUCAAAUUUAGUUAGUGCCUCAUCCAGAAAUUAUCAAAAUUCUAAUUGUUCCUCAUCACCAAGACAUGGACCAUCAUUCACUGAUCCCUCUGGAGUUUCAUCUUCAAGCAGUUCAAGGCCACUUCCAUCAUUACCUGCUAAUUCACAGUCUUACAAUUCCUCAGGUCGAGCUCAUCAUCAUCCAGGUUCUGGUGACAAUGAUUAUGCUAAUCGUAUUGCUCAUCAUCCACAUCGCAGUUCAAUCAAUAGUUUGAACCUUUCUUCCGCUCUUUACUCAUCCAAUUCAUCGCCAUCAUCCAUGGCUCCAUCAUUAGCCCAAUCAUUAGUUCCCAUUACUACUGCAUUAACUCGAGUUCAGUCUUCGGUUGAUUCUCUUAGCCGACAAGUGAAUGAAAGAUUGGAUGCACUUGAGAAUCGGCUUAAUAAUUUAACUGCGUCUUCUUCUCAUGAUACUGUUAAUUCAUCAGACUAUGUCAUCAACCACCACCAUUUAAGAGACAUGUCACCUGAAUCUCUGAAAAGUUUCAUCAAUGAACAGAAAAGGGAGAUGCACAAUGAGCGUCGAGCAUUUUUACUCUCAUUUGCCGAAGCUUUGAGAAAUGCCGCUGAAACAUCUAAUCGAUCUUCUUCAUCAUCGUCAUCAGAACCAACAUCAUCAACUAAACUGAAUGGACUUUAAAUCAACAAUCAUUUUUAAUCAUAUUUAAAUUUCACUUAUGUUUGAUUGCAUUUGAAUGAAAGAACAAGUUAUCUCUAUGGUUGAAUUUUGAUAAUUUCCAAAUCAAUUGUUUCCACAAUUGACAACGAGCGAAAUCAAAAUACAUCUCACUUUAAGAGAAACUUUAAAAAUUGAUUGUCACUGAACUAUUUGAAUUAGAACCAAAAUGCGACCAAUGGAAUGAACAAAUUGAUUGAAAACCAAAACUGUACACGAACAACAAAAGACGAGAAUUAAAAACAUUGAUUUAUUAA